AAUCAUCUCAAUCUACUGCUGACAUCUAUGUUAACUAAAAUUAAAUUAACCUUUACUCUAUAAGAACAAGAUUCAAAACAAAACUAGUUUCGUCAUAAGUUUAUUUUACAAUGUUGAUUAAUGAACUUCCAGAGGAUUGUUUACUCACCAUUUUUGAUUAUUUGAAUAAUUUGGAUGAUUUAAUAAACUGCUAUAAAGUGUCUAUCAAAUGGAGCUAUUUCAUUUCUAAGCGAACCAAGAAAGUUAAAUAUUUGUUGGAAGGUUACCCGGAGAAUGGUGAUUGUGUUUCUUAUCGAGGAACCGAACCGAUCGAUGGAACUUGUCUAAGCACAUUAUUUCCGAAUUUAAAAAUUGCUGAAAUUUCCGAUAAAUUUGCUAGAAAAGUAAAACGCGAAGAUAUUGUUGCAUUGCUCAAAAAUCAAAAAUCCCUGAAAGGAUUAACUGGUGGAUAUCAUAAAACACCAUCCGAAUAUUGCGAUAACCUAGAAAUGUUAUCAUUCGAUUUAUUCAAGUCAAGCAUGCAACAUAAUGGUUCCAGUAUAAAACAAUUGUGCCAAGUUUAUCAUUUCGCUAGAUUCCACAGAUACGCACAUUGUUUCCCAAAUAUUGAAAGAAUUAACAUGCAAAACGCUGAAUCUCACCACUACGGGGUUCCUGUAUUGGAAAAGGUUAAAAUAGUUGAAUUGUGCUUAGCUCCUUGGGAUGGCGCAGACCUAGAUUAUUGCUCCAAGUUCAUGGAUUCAUGUCCAAAUUUACAAAGUGCAUAUCUUGUCACUGAUCCUGUUCACUUGUUUGUUGAUGAAACAAUAAAACACGAAUGUUUGCAAGAUCUAGCUAUAGAGUUUGAUUUAUUUAAAAAAACCGACUGGGAUAAUUUAAAAAGAUUCCUAACGAAAUAUCCGAAUCUCAAACAUCUUAGAUUCAAGAAAAUAUGGUACUUGAAAGAUGAACAUAUCGAGCAAUUGGUUUACAUUUUACCCAAUUUGGUUCUAUUUGAUGUUCGUGAAUGUACUGAGGUGACGCAAAGGGCUGCUGAUUAUGUUAAAGACUAUUGUAAAAGAUAUGGAAGAUCAAUCAAGUUUUACUUCAAUGGGAAUUCGCAUGAAAUUGCAACAGAUUGGCCUCAUUUAUCCACUAAAAAAGAAAAAAUCAGUCGAGGCUUUGAUUUCAUGAAACAUUGCUUUCUUAAAGAUUUUGCUGACCUUCCACAUUUCUUGGUUCCUGUUGAUUAUUGAAAACCACAUACUCAAUAAUAUAUUUGUCAUUUUAACUCUAAGCCCAAUCCAAGAGCUUGAAAUUAGUCUUUAAACUUCCAUCACUUUAUUUCGCGAUCUCUUAUAUCCAGUUUUUCAGUGAAUUAAAUCUAUUUUAAGAGAUGUCUUUGUUAAUGAAUACAAAGUAUAUUUGUUACUCUUUAUCUCGAAGCCCCUUUCGACGAGUUUGUAUUCAAUCUCUAUUUUUUUAACACUUUAUGCCAUUAUUUGUUUUUAGUGAAUAAAAUGCAUCGUCUAAUCUAAAGAAUUGCCGUUGAGGCGAAAGAAUGAGCUUCAGAUGAAAUUAAGUGCGAUGAGAUGAAUCCUACAAAUUAUCUCAAUAUACUGCUGACAUCUAUGUGAAUUAAAAUUAAAUUAUGCAUUCUAAUGAUCAAUCAAAUCAGUGAUUCAAAUUUAAAUCUUUUUCCAUUUUAUAACAGUACAGAAUCUACAAGCACAAGAUUCAAGACAGAACUAGUUUUUGCUAUAAUUAGAUCUUACAAUGUUGAUUAAUGAACUUCCAGAUGAUUGUUUACUCACCAUUUUUGAUUAUUUGAGUUACUUGGAUGAUUUAGUAAACUGCUAUAAAGCUUUUUCAUUUCAGUGUGUAUCAAAUGGAGCUAUUUAAUUGCUAAGCGAACUAAAAAAGUUAAAUACUUGAUGGAAUGUCCUAUCUACGCAUCUGAUUAUGUUUUUUAUGAAGGACUAGAUUUGAUUGAUGAGACCACUCUGAGCACAUUAUUUCCAAACAUAAUAGUUUUUGAGAAUUCGAAUGGAGAUGAUAAAACAUUUUUUUCUAAAUGCAUGAAAGCAAACGAUGCUGAAAAAGUUGGUUCAUUUCUCAGAAAUCAUGAAUCGUUGAAGGGAAUAAUCAAUUUCCUUGAUGUUCCAAUAGAAAAAUAUUGUGAUAAACUCGAAAUGCUAAGCACCCAUCAUAUUGAGCCAGAUAUCCUACAAAAUGGUUCCAAUAUGAGACAAUUGUACAUUGGGAAUGUUACUCUAGAUGAUUUCAAAAGAGUUGCUCAUUAUUUCCCGAAUCUGGAAAAGCUACAUAUUAGAGAUGAAGGUGUUCAUCAUCUCAACAAAGGGCCAGUUUUUGAAAAGCUCAAAAUAGCUGAACUUGACUUGUCGUCUCCUGAUGAGAUUUGUUAUGCUUUCCAAUUCAUGGAUUCAUGUCCAAAUUUGCAAAGUGCACAUAUUUACACAAAAGGUCAUCACUUUUUUGUUGAUGGGAAACUCGAAACUCGAAUGUUUGCAAGAUUUAGUUUUAUCUUAUAUUGGCCCUUCUCGAAUCGACUGGAAUGAUUUAAAAAGAUUGUUUAUGAAGUAUCCGAAUCUUAAACAUCUUAGGUUGGACAGACUGUGGAUGUACGAUGAACAUAUCGAGCAAUUGGUUCACAUUUUACCCGAAUUAGUACUUUUGCAUAUUCAUGAUUCUCCUAGAGUCACUCAAAGGGCUGCUGAUUAUGUUGAAAAUUAUUGUAAACGGUAUGGAAGAUCAAUCAAGUUUUACUUCAAUGAUGACGAUGACUACAAUCAAGUCGCAUCAGAAUGGCCUCAGUUGUCCACUGAAGAUGAAGAGUUUAGUCUAGGCUUUGAUUUCAUGAAACAUUGUUUUCUUAAAUAUUUCGAUGCCCUUCCCUAUUUCUUGAUUCCUAUUGAUUAUUGAGAACCCCACACUUAUUAAUUUAUUUGUUAUUUUUAUACCUCGGAAGCCCAUUGUUUUAUCAAUAAAACGUAUUCGACCAUCCUCAAA